UGUCCAGAAAAGCGCUAUAUAAGUGCUCUGCUGGGGCUUUCUUCUCUUCCACCUGCCCCACCCCCAGCGGUUUCUGCUCAACCAGUUUACCUCCUCACUUCCUCAGUCCAAAACCCUCCCUGUUUGCUCGUAUAAAACUGCUGAAGUCACGCUCGUUUUAGUUCCUGCUGAGCUUAUCAGGCUGUCGGGCUGCCUCUCUCUCCCUGGGACUGGACAGAACUAAGUCUAGCGAUGUCGAUGGAACAACACGACUGUCCCCUGUGCAGGGAGUAUCUACGGGAUCCCGUUUCCAUUCCCUGCGGACAUACCUUCUGCUCAGUCUGCAUUAAGACCUACUGGGACCAUGCAGACCAUACUGGGACCUACAGCUGCCCUCACUGUAAGGUGACCUACAACAAGAGGCCUGCCCCACGCAGGAGCCAAACCCUGACGAGAACAUCAGAGCGAGUGAGGACCUCAGAGCCCUCUCCGCCUGCUCCUCCGGCCCCUGACUACAACUACGCCGGGCCGCAGGACGUCCCGUGCGACAUCUGCACGGGCAGGAAGUACAAGGCGGUGAAGUCCUGCCUGAUGUGCCUGGCCUCCUACUGCGAAAGGCACCUCAAGGCGCACUUUGAGAACACCACUUUCAAGCGCCACAAGCUGGUGGAUGAAAUCGGCCACCUGGACCGGCAGAUCUGCCCCCAGCACCAGAAGGGCCUGGAGCUGUACUGCAGGACAGACCAGAUGUGCAUCUGCGUGCUGUGCACCGUCAAGGAGCACAAGGGCCACGACAUGGUCUCGGCCGAGACAGAGCGGGUGGAGAAGCAGAAUCUGCUCAGCACAACACAGGCCGAGAUACAGCAGAGGAUCCAGGACAGAGUGAAACAGAUGGAGGAGCUAAAGCAUGCGGUGGAUGCACUCAAGACCUCAGCGCAGAGGGCGCUGGCGGAGAGCGAGAAGCUCUUCGGAGACAUGCUGCGGUCCAUCGAGAGGAUGCAGGCCGAGAUGAGCAAGCUCAUCAGCUCCAACAAGAGGGCGGCGCUGACCCAGGCGGAGGGACACCUGGAGCGCCUGGAGCAGGAGGUUGCGGACCUGAAGAAGAGGGACUCAGAGCUGACCCACCUGUCGCGCACGGAGGACCACAUCCACUUCAUUCAGAGCUUCCACACUCUCUGUGAGCAGACUGAGGCCGAAGAGCUGCCCAACGUCACAGUGAAUCCCUACUUCUCCUUUGGAGCCGUGACUAAGACCGUCUCGGAAAUGAAGGUGCACCUGAACGAGUUCACCAACGAAGAGAUGGUCAAGGUUACCAAAACAGUGAAUAAAAUGCCCUUUUGCCAGCUGGAAAAUCGUAAAAAAAGAAGAACAAUGAAAUCCAAUGAAAUUGGACUCAACAGUGCACCAAGUCUCCAACCCAGGCAAAGAGGAGAGUUCUUAAAAUAUGCCUGUCAGCUCACCCUGGACCCCAACACAGCCUACAGGCAGCUGUACCUCUCCAGAGGAAACAGAAAAGCGGCUCUGAAGAGAGACACCCAGCCGUACACCGACCACUCCCAGAGAUUCGACUGCUUGCCUCAGGUGCUCUGCAAGGAGCCUCUGUCUGGCGGCUGCUAUUACUGGGAGGUGGAGUGGAGCGGAGAAGGCGCUUCCAUUGGAGUCGCCUACAAGGGCAUGAAGAGGUCCGGGUACGGCGACAGCUGCCGCAUCGGAUAUAACAAAAAGUCCUGGAGCCUGUUCUGCUCCGACUCCAGCUACUCCCCCCGGCAUGACAAGGACCCAGUGGAAAUUAGCGCCCCCUACUGCUCCAGAAUAGGAGUGUUCCUGGAUCACAGCGCUGGCACCCUCUCGUUUUACAGCGUCUCCGACACGAUGUCCCUGAUCCACAGGUUCAAGGCCACGUUUAACGAGCCCAUCUACGCUGGAUUUUGGGUCUGGUAUGAAUCGGCUGUAACAAUCUGCCAGCUGUAAAAGGCAUUCAAUCAUCCCAAUCCUCCCGUUUGCCUUCUCUUCUCCUAAAGUUCACAGUCCUGCAGGACAGCCCCCAGUCCUGGCGCCUUGUCGAUUCUCCUACCACUGUAACCAGGUGUUUCAGAACAUCUACCCUUCAGUCAUCUUCCUUCUUUUGCCCCUGUUGUUUUACUGUUUUAACUGUUCUGUAAUAAUUCUGUACAAACUGAAUUUACUUUCAACCCCUGCAAAAUCAUACUGGUGAGAGGGAUUAAGAAUGUUUGUUCUUUCUUUAACAGAAAUGAAAUUCGUGGUACAUUGUGCUAUUAUAUCAUAUUUUUAAAUGAGAUAUAAUACAUGGCAAUAACUAAAGGAUAUAUUUUAAGGCAUGUGCCCUGAAAAGCCAUUUUAGUUUCUUUUUGAUCUUUUUUAAGGGGCUGCUAAGUGAUUAACCAAAAUGGAAUUCAAUCAACAGCAUCAAUUUGGCUGAGUUAUAAAAAGUAUAUACACAUAUGGAUUCACAAACACUUAAUUGGCAUAUGAGGUAUGUUCAGACAAAAAUAGCAAACAGGCAGUAGAGGUAAAUAUCACUGUUUUAUGUCAGACCUUGCUUUAAAUGUGUAUACAUAGGGUCAUUGUGCACAAUGUAGUAUGAACCCAUUUUAGGGAGGUUAUUUAAUUUGAAAUUUUACAAUCCAAUCAUUAAUACUUCAAAAGUAAUAUGUAGAAAGACAAAUAGUUUCAAUAUACAGACAUGAGGUAGAAUUUUAAAAUUAAACAUUGUAGCAACAGGUAAGCAACAGGUAAGAAUGUGAAGUAGCCCCUAUAUCAGCACUAGUGAACCUCCAGUGAAGUGUGUUUCUUUAUUUCAAUGUGACCUGCUCCUUUAUUGAUCAUUCUGCUCCUUAUUUAGAUGUUCAAGUAGUUGCAGCACGCUUGAGUAAUGGUGCUGACUAAAACAAUGCAAGUUGAAUAGCCCAGUCUGACAGAAAUCCAAAUAUUGCUUGGAUAUAUGCUUCUUUUACUUUUAAAAAUGGGGAAAAUUUAUUUAAAUUUAAUUUUGUAUGCAGGUUAUGGGAAAUGCAGAGGUUGUGUACUUACAGCUCAUCAAAAAAUAAAUAUUUUACAAUAUAAGUACAUGCAAAAACGUUUUCUUGA